AUGAGCUCGAUCGACGAGAACAUUCUGGUCAUCGAGUGGUACCUUGACGACGUCGCGUCGCUCGACGCGGACAACCAGUAUCUCGGCCACCGACUGCCGCCGGCGCUUAUCUCAGUCGUCGACAGUUUUCUCUACCACCGCUGCCGAGGCUCGUACACGCUGCACACCGAUCUCGAUUGGCAGCUCGAACACGUCCCGCUGCUCCUGCUCCAGGCGCUUGAGGUGCAGCCUGGAAUGACCCAACGACCGUACCUGGAUGCCAUCGUAUACCUCAUCGACCGGUACGACCUGGACGACCUCGUUGAGUGGGACAGUGCGACGGGCGGCUACAGUCUCCUCAUGAACCGCCUUGGCCGCUGCGACGAGACCUUCUUGGCCAAGAUGCGGAUUUUGAGUUCGUACCGCGCCAUCAUGACCAUCUCGCGGCUCGUCACAGAGGCGCCGGUCGCGCCAGUAACGGCCGAGAUCCUAACAACCUUUCUGGUCGAUGACGCGACCACCAUCAUGGACGAAACGUUCGAGAACGACGUCACCUCGACCAAGCGCAGGACGUUACGUGCGUCGCGACGCUCGACACAUUGCUCGUAG